AUGCGCUCGUUAUCCGUUGCCCUCCUUUCCUUGUCAAUUCCCCUAGCCCUCGCUGCAGAUGGCUGCGCGAAUGGACGCGGUGAUUGCCCUGCCCACUCACCUAGUCCUCCUCCGUUACUCCCUACCCCAAUAAGGGCUAUAUCCCCACGGGCAAUAGCCGAAGAAACGUACCCGUCAGCAGGUCUGGGGCCCCCAUUAGCCGCGUCGGAACCUCCAGCGGCCGCCACCCCCCCUGCGUAUCCCGCAAACCCUCCACCACCUGUCAACAACCCGAAAGCUCCUCCUCCCUCUGCACCUCCGGCAGCGUCUUUCCCAACAGCCCCGCAACCGCCGCCAGAGUAUGAGGUCCCGUCACACCAGCAAACUCCACCGCGUGGCGAAACCCCGUCGGGGUACGAAAUGCCAUCGCAGCCAGAAACUCCACCACAGCGCCAAUCCCCUCCAGAGUACCAUUUCCCAUUACAGCAGCAGACGCCACCGCAGCAUGAAUCCCCAGAUUACGAAAUCGAAGUUCCAUCACACCACGAAGCCCCGUCCUCUGAGUAUGAGAUGCCGGUACAGCAUCACACUCCGCCGCAGCAAGAAGGCCCAUCAUUAUCGGAAUAUGAGAUGCCGUCACAGCACCAAACACCAUCGCAACCCGAACCCGAACCAGGGUACGAAUCCGGGCCCUCGUAUCGCCGCAGGGCUAUCCGGAAAUUUAGACGCAGCCGGCGUAUUAACCUGUCCUGUCUGUAUGUUCGAGCACGUUCGGUUAGUGAAAAUGUCCUCUUUGCAAGAUCCGCCUUCGUAUUUGCAAGGAUGGGUGGGAGACGGGUGGAUUGGAUUGGAUUGGAUUUUGUAUGA